GAAGGCGGUGCGAAAACGCGUUUGAACUUGGGUCCUGCCGCUGCCCGUAGCCGGCGUCCCCAACAUGGCGGCUCCCCAAGAUGUCCACGUCCGGAUCUGUAACCAAGAGAUUGUCAAAUUUGACCUGGAGGUGAAGGCGCUUAUUCAGGAUAUCCGUGAUUGUUCAGGACCCUUAAGUGCUCUUACUGAACUGAAUACUAAAGUAAAAGAGAAAUUUCAACAGUUGCGUCACAGAAUACAGGACCUGGAGCAGUUGGCUAAAGAGCAAGACAAAGAAUCAGAGAAACAACUUCUACUCCAGGAAGUGGAGAAUCACAAAAAGCAGAUGCUCAGCAAUCAGGCCUCAUGGAGGAAAGCUAAUCUCACCUGCAAAAUUGCAAUCGACAAUCUAGAGAAAGCAGAACUUCUUCAGGGAGGAGAUCUCUUAAGGCAAAGGAAAACCACCAAAGAGAGCCUGGCCGAGACAUCCAGUACCAUCACUGAGAGCCUCAUGGGGAUCAGCAGGAUGAUGGCCCAGCAGGUCCAGCAGAGCGAGGAGGCCAUGCAGUCUCUAGAUGGAGUUUCGCUCUUGUUGCCCAGGUUGGAGUGCAAUGGCGUGAUCUCAGCUCACCGCAACCUCUGCCUCCUGGUUUCAAGCAAUUAUCCUGCCUUAGCCCCCCAAGUAGCUGGGAUUACAGGCAUGCACCACCACACCCGGCUAAUUUUGUAUUUUUAGUAGAGAUGGGGUUUCUCCAUGUUGGUCAAGCUAGUCUUGAACUCCCAACCUCAGGUGAUCCGCCUGCCUCAGCCUCCCAAAGUGCUGGGAUUAUAGGCUUGAGACACCACGCCCGGCCCGUAUUUCUGUUUACUAGAAGACCCCACACCCCAUCAAUGUUUCCUCAGGGGGAGCAUUCCCAGGUGUUCAUGUGAAAAGCAGAGGUCCCCAGCCCCUCUCCUAGAGAGGGUGUUGGCAGGGCUGGGUGAGGGGCCUGGAGUCUGAUUUUCACUGAGGGCUCUGGGGACCCAUAUGGCCAGGCAAGUUUGGGAAUCAUUGCUCCAAGAGAUGUUUGGCGAAUCGGCUGCUGGUAGGACUGCUAGGACCUCAGUUUACAAUUAUACUCCCCAAUGUUAUUUUUCCUAUGAGUUCCUUUUAAAAGAUGUGAAUCAGAGGCUACAGGAGAGACUGCUUGAGACCAUCUGGUUUCCUCCAAUAGUUUUCCCAGUGUCUCCUCUGUGAUGGAGAAGAGCAUCAGCCCUCUCCGGGAUCCUUCAGUAUAAGACAACAGAAAAAGGGCGUUUACUCCUUGAAACGCUUUUGGAAAAUUGGACACAUGGACAAAAGUAGAAAGCAUGGUAUCCUGAAUCCCCUGAGCCCUGAGCCCAUUACCCCAGCCAGUCUCAUUUCAAUUCUACCCUCAGCCCAUCCCCCAUCUGGAUUAUUUUGAAGCAAAUCCCAGACAUCGUCCAUAAAUAGUACAUCUCUCUAAAAGAUAAGGGACUCUUUGGGGAAAAAGCAGAAGCAACCUCAUAACUACAAUACCAUGAUCACCCCUAGAAAUUAUAAUUUUGGACCACUUUUUUUUCAGUGCACCAAAUAGGCAGAAGCAAAAGGAAAGCAAGCAGGUGACCCCAAGGUCACUCCUUGAGUUUGCAGCUUACCUGAACAUUUGGGCUCAGAACCAGCCAGGGGCUUCCUCUCGGUGUAUGCUGUGGGAGAAGCCUUGGAGAGAGAGGGAGCAAGGAGACAACUUGGCCUCUGAGUCCAGGACUUUUAUGCUCUGGUGUGGCGACAGGAUACCCUCCGCUAACAGUGCGAAGGAGACACAGAUGCUGGUGGCUUCUGGGGUGUUGAGAGGAUCCCAGUGUUCUUGGGGCCCAUUUUGUAGAAGCGAUAGGUAUUGAAGAAAAGAGAAUACAGUUCUUAACCCAUUCCUUAUGCCUCACAAAUUCGGCUUGAUUUAAAAGCCUCUAGGACCAUAAUUUUAAAACAAAAGCUUAUUAGGAAUAUGGUGUCUGGAAUUUGCUCCACAAUUGCAGGAGUAGUGGGAGUUGCGGGGGAGGGGAGCAGGAUUUCAGAGCUUGGUGGUUCUUGGUUAUGGGUGGCGGGCACAUGGCAUUUCACGAUAUUGUGCUGUCCACUGUGUGAUGGUUCAAAAUUCUCCGUAAUAAUAAAGUUUAAAAAGAAAGGCCUAUUAGGUUUUUACUUAGCAAGAUCUCAGGGUUUUGAAAUCGCAGCAGGCAGGUGUGGAGAAAGUGGGCGGAGAGGGAUUCCUGUUCUGUGUUUGUUUUUCUCCUUUUAUCUGUCAUUUUCAAAAUGCUCCUGUGUUUCCUCUGAUAAUUUAUCUUAUUUACUUAUUAGCUUUUAAUUUUGUAAAAGGGUAACACAUACAACAUAGAGAAGGAUAAGAAAACUCUAGCCCAGGACUGCCAGUAGAAACAUAACAGGAGCCACGUAUAUAACUUUAAAUUUUCCAGUAGGCACAUUUUAAAAAGUAAAAAGAAACAUAACAAAUUAAUUUUAAUAAGAUGUUUAUUUAACCCAUUAUGUAAAAUACUUUAAUUUCAAUGUACAACUAAUAUUAAAAAUUAUUGAGAUAUUU